AUGCGUCGGGGGCUCGUUAGCCUCAACGCCUCUCUGAUUGCCUCAGCCACAAGAGCGUUGGAAAAUCUCGGAGUGCUUGAGGCCGAACUCGAGGUGCAGUUGUCAUCAGCGGCUGCGGAGGUUGAUUUAAGACUGGUGGAAUUGUCGUCAUCUUCAGAAAACAGUGCGCGACUUCUUCAGCAAUGCGUUAAUCUUAUACAUUCACAACUUGAGCAAUGCGCUUUGCUAGGUAAAACCCAGAUGAUGAAAUUCGUUGAAAAACUAGCGCGCAUCAUUCGUGCUCGUGUGCCGUCCGAUGCUCCUUUUGGAUUGCGAUUUGUCCAACAAAUGAGCCGAGUUCUCAAUGCACGUCCGGAGUGCACGGGACCUCUUAUCGACGCUCUUCGACCACUGAAAAUUUCUAUUCUGAGUCAGUCAUUGGCCAGGCUUCACCGAAUAGUAGAACAGCAUGAUUUUACUACAACCCAAAACUGGGUGUUCGUGGACGUGCUGAUUUCGGCGGUUGAAGAAGAAACGAAGCGGCUUGAGUGGGAUAAUGAACUUCGAGAUGAGACUGAAAGAAAUAUCCAAAAGUGUCUCAGCAUGGUUGCAAAGCGUCUAGAAUCCGAGCUAAAGCUAGAUUCAGAAAAUUUGCUUUUGGGGGAUCGACUACGAAGUGAUCAGUUGAAGAACUAUAGACUCUUGGAGGUGGCUAAUAGUCUCGUCACUAAAUGGCCAUCUCAGGCAACAGCCGUGUUGUCAUUCGAGCGUGAUGCUGUAGCAGUCAUAAUGGAGUCGAUUCGUGAAAGUAUAUUUACAAUUGCCGGUGCGAUGCAUCGUGAAGUGCUUGGCGACAAAGAAAUAUCUCCAUAUAUGCAGGAACUGAUCGCUUACAUUGGUCGCGUGGAAUUCCACAUCUCACACUUCCCAUCAGUUAUUCGUAGCACUGCCUCUCUUGCGUCCCUGGCAGACUACAUCAUUCAACUUUUCCUCAUAAAUGCUACCCUUCUCCGCCCACCGAGUGCUUCUACUCGCCAGCGACUGCACACUGAUCUAGAGAGUUUGCUGGAUGUGCUGGAAUCGAAGUUAAGCCCUAGCGUCAAAUAUCAGGAUCGUAAUCAGUUACUAUCACUUUGGCCACGUGAUGGCUCAACUCCUGAAAUUCCGGCGGAUUCGUCUCUACCAGUUUGGGUUUACAUUCAUGUCCUUAUCUCUGACAGUCCGAGCAGCUUGGUCUCGCCUCAUGCCAGCGUAGAAUGGACGGUUGACCAAUACGUAAAAUGGUGCUGCGAUCACACGGAUCUCGAAAUAAUUUCAUUCCUCAGUGGUUUGUUGACAUCUUACACGACUACUGUGAUCAAUCGACAUGAAACGGAGUAUGUACCACAUUAUCCAAAAAUGAUGGAACUCAUUAGAAAGGCCACAGAUUCUACUACCUGA